UCUGUGGUUUCAUAAUCAUUCAUGUAUGGGAUGGGAAUACGAAACGAAAAAAUCAAAAUAGACUUAUUAAUUUAAGCAUUAAUAAAGUUAUUAACCGUUUGAAUAUACGUUAUUAGGUGGGUUACAAUUUAUAUUUUGCAAUGGCUGCUUUAAUAAAACUUCGUCACAUGCCUGUUGUACAGAGAUCUGCUUGGAAUUACUUUACGAAAACUAGUCGCAACAUUUCUACUUCAAAGAAGAAUAGUGAUACAGCUACUACUGCUUGCGAUUCCAAAACAUCAGAAGAUAAAAACUGGGUUAGCUACGGCUUCGAUUAUACUAGCAAGGAGGAAGAUACAAACGCACACCACGCAUCCUAUUUCUUUUCAAUUACUUUGUGUCUUGUUUUUGGAGGAUUUGCAUGGGCUUAUGCUCCCGACGUUCACAUGAGGGAUUGGGCUCAGAGAGAAGCUUAUUUAGAACUGCACCGCCGUGAGAAAGCUGGACUACGCCCUAUUGAUCCCAAUUUUAUAGAUCCAAAGAACAUCACAUUACCUUCUGAAGAAGAGCUUAGUGAUGUUGAAAUUAUUAUCUAACUUUAACAGUGAUAUUUAUUACCAUUUAAAAUGUAGAUAACUCAUGUACAAUUGAUUAGUAAAUCAUAAAUAUUUUGUUAA